GCUGCUGACGUCAGAAGCUCCACGGAAAACCUCGGAGGUCUCGACUGUAGGGAAACGAGACGGACGCUGACGGGAGAGGAAAACUUUAUUCUAAACACGUUGUCUGCAAUCAAUAGUGACUGAUGAACACGCCGGACCCUGUGGAUUAUGUGCACACUGAGUGGAGUAAAUCACCUGAUGAGUUAUGAGUGCAAGUUCUGAAGAAUUUGUAGGCCUAUGUUGCAAUUUAUGCGCUCCAUAACUGAGCGUAUUUUCCGGAUAUUGUAGGCUACUGUUUCGAGAAUAUUUUUUCCCCUUGCAUUUAUCGGGUCUUCAACAAAAUCAACGGCUCCUUUUCGAUAAUUUCGGGAUUUUCUCAGUAGAAAAACGAACUAUCCCUCAACUCGCGUUUGUUAAAGAAAAUGAAGAGAGGAAUAACCUGGCUGAAGACUUAACCAGGAGGAGCUGAGCUCUGUGCUCCGGUCCAACAGAACCACUUCCUGAUGAUGACAGUAAACAUGGAUGAAGGCCUCCAGACUGGACCUGGGCAGCACAGGAAUACACAAGAUGACGAAGAGGCUCUUAACUCCAUCAUGCAGGACCUGGCAGCUCUGGGUCGCUGCUACGCCCAGCACAACAGCAACAAGCCCAAGACCAGAGCCCUGCUCUACAAACAGGAUCUACGAGUGAAGCUGGAGCAUGAGAGAGAAAAACGCAUCAUCCCGUUCCAGAGGCCCCUGCACAUUAAGGAGCUGGUACAGAAGGUGACGGAGGCCUUCGACCAGAGGAUGGACAUGUUCUACCUGGACAGAGAGAUGCUGCUGCCUCUGAAGACGCAGGAGGAGCUGGACCGGGCCGUGCUCCUGGGAGUCAACGGUCUGCUGCGGGUACUGCUAAAGACCCCCAAGAACCAUUACCUUCAGGUGAACACCAGGGACAAGCAGAGUGAGAUGAGAUCUUCCCGGUCUUUGGGCGACCUGAAGGGCUCCCUGCUCAAGGGAGGAGAGAGGGUGCGCAAACACUCCACAGGUUCCCUGCACACGGGCCGCACCUCCCCCCCGCCGGGCAGCGUCCCGGAGGAGCAGCAGCAGAUCGCCCGGCAAGGCUCCUGCACCAGCAUCCACAGCGAGGGGGAGUUCAUUCCCGAGAGCCUGGAGCAGAACCUGCUCCAGGCCUGUGCAGACAACUCAAUCUCCAGCAGCUGUCAAUCCAUAGACCAGGCCCUGGACAGCCCUCCUUUCUCGCAGAACAACCGUGACAACAAUUACCUGAACCACAACUAUGAAUACAAAGGUCGCCAUGGGAAGGGGGGGACGUUCCCCCGUCAGUUCCAGCUACCGAACCGCUGCAAGGACUACGGAGACGGCCGCAGGACUUUCCCACGGAGCUUCAUGCCUCAGGAGAACCUGUUCCAGCUGGUUCCGUCCAGUCGCACGCGGAGCUACAACGGAGAGAGCAGCCCGCAGUACGGAGACCUGCGGACCCUUGCUCGCCCCAUGGAGAAGAGCUGUCCGCGCGCCACGCCCAAAUCCCCCCGGGCCCCGGUGAACUGGCGGCAGGGCAAGCUGCUGGGACGAGGGGCCUUCGGCGAGGUCUACCUCUGCUACGACGUCGACACGGGCCGCGAGCUGGCCGCCAAGCAGGUGCCCUUUGAUCCCGACUGUAAGGACACCAGCAAGGAGGUGAAUGCCCUGGAGUGUGAGAUCCAGCUGCUGAAGAACCUCCAUCACGAGCGCAUCGUCCAGUACUACGGCUCUCUGAGGGACCUGGACACCAGGAAGCUCACCAUCUUCGUGGAGUUCAUGCCCGGGGGCUCCAUCAAGGACCAGCUGAAGGCGUAUGGUGCUCUGACGGAGAACGUGACCAGGAGGUACACCCGGCAGAUCCUCCAGGGUGUCUUCUACCUCCACAGCAACAUGAUCGUCCACCGGGACAUCAAAGGCGCUAACAUCUUGAGAGAUUCCACUGGGAACGUCAAGCUAGGAGACUUCGGAGCGAGCAAACGCAUCCAGACCAUCUGCAUGUCUGGCACGGGCAUCAAGUCCGUCACCGGCACCCCCUAUUGGAUGAGUCCGGAAGUGAUCAACGGAGAGGGGUAUGGCCGCAAAGCAGAUGUGUGGAGCGUGGCCUGCACCGUGGUGGAGAUGCUGACCCAGAAGCCCCCCUGGGCGGAGUACGAAGCCAUGGCGGCCAUCUUUAAGAUCGCCACGCAGCCAACCCGACCGCUGCUGCCCGAGGGCGCGUCCGAUGCCAGCAGAGACUUCCUGCGCCAGGUGUUCGUGGAGGAGAAGUGGCGGCCCACCGCUGAGCUGCUGCUGGGUCACCCGUUCGUCCAGGGGGUCUUUUGAGCGCUGAGCCCCCUUCCCGCUUGCAGCCCUGGGUGCACCCCUCACCCCCUCAUCCCUCACCCCCUCACCCUCCUGCCCAGAAAGACUUCAGGGAGGGGAGGAGAAACACGCCAACCCAGUCACACUCCCAGUCUCACAUACAACCCAUCACCAGUCUCUGCCAUGGCCAGACUGAAGAAGCAUUUCCUCUCUCUCUAUCUCUGACUCUCUCCCCCAGUGUCUCUCUCUCUCUGUCUCUCUCUCUGUUUCUCUCUUUGUCUCUAUCUCUGUCUGUCUGUCUGUCUGUCUGUCUGUCUGUCUGUCUGUAUGUCUGUCUGUCUGUCUGUCUGUCUGUCUGUCUGUCUGUCUGUCUGUCUGUCUGUCUGUCUGUCUGUCUGUCUGUCUGUCUGUCUGUCUGUCUGUCUGUCUGUCUGUCUGUCUGUCUGUCUGUCUGUCUCUUUUUAUCUCACUCUCUCUCUACACCGUUAAUAACGCGUUAAACUGACAGCACUAAUAUAUACAUAUAUAUAUUUAUAUAUCUAUACCUAUAUCAAGGUUAGAGGGUCAAGUCACUCACGCCAGAGAGGCUAGGAUGCCUUGUGGAUCCUGGAGGUAUGUAUAUAUAUAUAUAUAUAUAUAUAUAUAUAUAUAUAUAUAUAUAUAUAUAUAUACAUAUAUUUAUAUAUAUAUAUUUCUGUGUAAAUAGGCUAGGAUGCCUGGUUAUCCCUGGAGGCGUCUGUCUUUUAGAAACCCUCUCUGUGUUUUACUAACAGUCCUCUACUGCCAAGGAUGGUGUCUGGGAACUGGUCCAGAGUCGUGGUAACCAAGGUUACAAGGUGAUUGUAAUGUCCAGCUGAGUUGUAUCACAUUUGAUAGUACUGUAAGUCACUCAUAAGCCCAAGCUGUGAGGGGUGAAGAUUGAUGGUCAAAUGUAUUUUGUAAGACUAUUAUUAACACUUUCCAAAAGCCCCCUUACCUAAUGGGCCUUAACUGUUAUCGCCAGAAAGAAAAAGUAAAACUAUUUUUGUUAACGCCUUACAAUAACGUUUGUAAGUAAGGAUGUAUUUUUGUACUUAGACCUUAGACCUUAGCUGCAUCGCACUCACAAAAAAGAUUUUUCUCUUUUUUUGAGGAGUUCAUGAGAUGCACUUUUGAUACCUUGCAUUCAAAGAUUCCAAACAUGCACGAUAAUCAAUAGAAAUCAAAUAGAUAUUUUUCUAUUCAAGGCUUUUUAUAUAAUUUCAAUAGUUGCGACUGUAAUUUGGUCCCACAUAAAGAAAGCAGAUCUGUGUCUUUGCAUUAAUGUGCAAUGUAUAUCUCUGUGCAUAUAUAAGCAAUACCACCACUACUGUUCAAGGUAGCUUACUAAAUUCAUUCCAAUGAUGUACAGCUUCCCUGUGUGCUGAAAUGGCCAAAGAGACAAAAGGUCCCAUAGAAACAUAAAGAACAUUUGGAUGUGCAGUAUUAACAUUACAAUGAUUGUCCUUUGGUUUUGUUAACUCAGACCCUGUGGCCUUUUCUGUUUUUUGCUAGCUUGCUGCACCAUGAAAUAGUACGCAGUGCAAACCUAAAACAGGAUCUACAAUGUGGUCGGAAUCAGGUGUCACACCUGGACCAGCAACACCCUUCUGAAUGAGGUUGAAUAACAGAACAUUAUAAAUUAGAAGUGCUACGGUUUGGCCAUAUGAGAGUCACUGGUCGGACCUGGGCAGGCGGUUGGCCACAGGUGCUUCACCGCAACAUGGAGGACCGCAGUAUUUGGCGUUGGGUGUAUUUUGUGUUCAACGUUUUCUGCUGUUUUUCAGGAGUGAUGGGUAGAGUGAUAUUUCACAUCUGCCACAGUGGCCAAUGAGAGGAGAGCUUACCCUGAUUGUACUGGUGUCGCUGUGAAGACCUUCCAGACAUAGCUUGCCGGUCUGAGCUUCAACACCAAACCCACAUUGCUCAUUUGCCUUUAUCCCACUUCGCUGUCUAGACAAUGAUCGGCUUCCCACUUCCUCUGAGUAGUGCGUCUGGAGAAUGUCUUGAAUGGUAAAACACGAUGCAACAUGUUGCCAUUGGGGGGCAAUGUUAGGAUUAGCCAAAAAUAAGGCAUGCAUGUAUACUUGGGGGAGAAAUGAGAAGGACACGACUUUGAGCACUGCCACUUGCUCAAAGAUAGCCAAUAAGAGUGGAUUUUGCAGAUUCAUGAUCAAAUAUGUCCGACUCUUGUCAGUGCCUUAUGUGAUUCAUCUAUGACAAAUUUAAUAAAGACAGAAAAUGAAAAGCGGCCAGAGUGAGGAGAUCCCCAAAUAGAGUUGAUUAAAGCACACAUGCUUUGCUGAAGUUGUUUUAUACAAAAAAAAUGAUUGUAUUGUACAUAGAUAUUGUUAUGCACUUUUGUAUGAAAUUCUUUACAUUAUAUAAAGAUCUAUCUGAUCAAAUGACCAUGUUAUGCAGCAGAUUGGACUGUGAUUUAUUGACGACUAUAUAAUUUCUUUGUGACCUGUUACGACAGUAUGAACAAAAGCAAGCUUUCGAUUGAAGAACACAUUUGUCUAAUGACAAGGCCUUGAAACAUGGAAUGUAUCAAGUCAUCCGUUUUUUUUUGUACAUUUAACUUAAUAAAUGAAAAGUUUAAGACUA